UGAGCAGGAACGAAGGUCGGACCGUUGUUUGCAAGAUGGCAGCGUCCACAAGAGCGCAGGUGCUUUCGCUGUAUCGUAUACUUAUGAAAGAAAGCAAGAAAUUCCCCUCUUAUAAUUACAGGACGUACGCCUUGCGCCGGGUGCAGGAUGCCUUCAGGGCGAACCGGAGCGUAGAAGACCCUAAAAUGGUGGAGCAGCUCUUAAACCAGGGCAGAGACAACCUAGACAUCAUCCGGAGACAGGUGGCCAUAGGCAAGAUGUACCCGACCCAGAAGACUAUUGUUGAGGGGUAGGGGUCGAAGAGGAACCUCCGAUGGGCAUUGGGGCAUUGGAGUGUCUCAGAACGAGAGGAAACGAUGCCCAAGAGACCAUGGGAGACGGAGCACUGAACCUCAACCUCACUUGCCCUUCCACACAGAAGCUUUAUUUUCCGACGCCCUCAUUGGAUGGAUAUGGGGGAAAGUGUUGUGGGAGAUAGCCUAUGGGUUGGGCAUACUUUGUCCAGUCCAAAAUCAAAUCAUUGUCCCUUAUCUCUAGACCAGUGUUCCCAACCCUCCACAUUUUUGUCCUAGCCCUGCACUGACACACAUGAUUCAACUAGACAGGGGCUUGCUGAUUAGUUGAUUAUUUUAAUCAUUAAGUGUCAGUGCAGGACUAGAACAAAAAUGUGGACUAUCUAGCGUUCCCCACGAGGGGGUUGGGAAACACUGCCCUAGACAUUUUGUGAUGGACUGUCGUAGAUCUGAAAGCAUCAGAUAGGCAUUAGAAAUAUGGUAAUAAUGCCACCUAGCCUUUUGGUAGGCAAUAGAGAUUCUACCAUAUUGCUUACACCUUUACAGAUACAUGAGGUAGGAAGAGGCAAGGGGAUCGUUGAUUUCGGACUUGGCAACUGUGCACCGUUGACGACAUAACUAUUGUCCUUGGUCACUAUAUACCCUCUCUUCACCAGGAUAAUGUUGAGCUUCUUUUGUGAGCCGUAAGAGUUGCAACAGUGUACACGCCCUUGAUUCCCUUGUUAUAUUGUUCAACUGUGUAUUGUGUAUAUAUGAUUUAUCGUCAUGUAAGAUGGUGUAUAAACAGAUUAAAGAUAAGCAGAUCUUAAUCACA